GCAUCCAUUAGGAAGGAGCAAAGGCUUAAAGAAAAGCCCAGCUGAGAUUAGAUAACAUCGUUUUGUAGUGCGUGUGGUCAAGCCCAUUGCCUGUCCAAGGUCACAUGCUCUCAUUUUCCGCUGCACGCUGCUGGGGAUCCCCCUCAGGUGGGAGGAAAAGCAAGGGCAAGCAGCUCCACGAACUCCCAGGGAGGUGUAUGACCACCCAGGAGAAGAUGGUCGAGAAGGCAGAGAAAUGAGAAAAGGUUCGCUACCCAUCGAUUCGUUCCGACUCUCCUGGCCGUCCUGAGCCCUGGUGGAGUGGGGAUCCUUGUGUGAGUGAGGUCACUUGGAUCUGGAUUCAUCCUUGUCUAGGGAACCUCCCUUCUGCUUCAUCUGAGAAAAGCAACACCACCUUAGACCUCUGAAGCAUCACACGCCAAAAAGCUUGACCUCUCACCCCCAGGGCCACAGAUAACAGGUGAGACAAGAAGCAAGUACAUUGUCCACAAGCAGAUUAUCUUCUGGAUGUUCAUCAUCUGUUAUCUUGGAGCGAGGCAAAGGAACUGGCACCAAGCUCACCUGGGCACUCAAGCAGCAGAUGAGGAAACCAAGGCUCCAAUCUGUUGAAUAACUCACCUUCAGGCACCUUUAGUAGUCUGCAGAGAGAACUAUCUCCCGUCAGAUCCACUGCUCUCUCCCGUGGGUGGUCACCUUCUGCAAGCCUCUCUCUUGAAUGGUCUAAUCAUGAACACUUCCCAGGGCACUGUGGGCAGCGACCCCGUAAUCCUCGCCACAGCCGGCUAUGACCACACUGUACGCUUCUGGCAGGCACACAGUGGGAUAUGUACCCGCACAGUGCAGCACCAAGACUCGCAAGUGAAUGCCCUGGAGAUCACCCCAGACAGAAGCAUGAUUGCCGCCGCAGGUUACCAGCACAUCCGGAUGUAUGAUCUCAAUUCCAAUAACCCCAACCCUGUCAUCAACUAUGAUGGAGUGAGCAAGAACAUCACCUCUGUGGGUUUCCAUGAGGAUGGCCGCUGGAUGUACACAGGAGGAGAGGACAGCAUGGCCAGGAUAUGGGACCUUAGGUCACGGAAUCUCCAGUGCCAGCGAAUUUUCCAAGUGAAUGCACCCAUUAACUGUGUGUGUCUGCACCCUAACCAGGCUGAACUGAUUGUGGGUGACCAGAGUGGUGCUAUCCACAUCUGGGACCUGAAAACAGACCACAAUGAGCAGCUGAUUCCUGAGCCUGAAGUCUCUGUGAAUUCAGUUCACAUUGACCCUGAUGCCAGCUACAUGGCAGCUGUCAACAGUACAGGAAACUGUUACGUUUGGAACUUGACAGGAGGCAUUGGGGAAGAAGUGACCCAGCUGAUUCCCAAAACCAAAAUUCCAGCUCAUACAAGAUAUGCCCUGCAGUGUCGCUUCAGCCCUGACUCCACGCUCUUGGCCACCUGCUCAGCAGACCAAACGUGCAAAAUCUGGAGGACCUCAAAUUUCUCAUUGAUGACUGAGCUGAGCAUCAAGAGCAGUAAUCCUGGUGAGACUUCGAGAGGCUGGAUGUGGGACUGUGCCUUCUCUGGAGACUCCCAGUACAUUGUAACAGCCUCCUCUGACAAUUUAGCACGGCUGUGGUGUGUGGAUACAGGAGAGAUCAAGAGAGAAUAUGGUGGACACCAGAAGGCUGUAGUCUGCCUGGCAUUCAAUGACAGUGUCCUGGGCUAGCCUGAAAGCCUCCUCUGUACCCUUGGGCCUUCAGGGAACCAGAGCUGCUCCAGACUGCGGUGCUAGUCAAAGAAAUUGGGCUUUUCUAACCAUGGAAAGCCUCAGCUUCAGUUCAGAGAAUACUGUCUUCUUGGGCUAAGGGCACUGGAGAACAAUUCAUAGGAAUGAAUGGACCUGGGGAAGAGAAAAGGGACCUUGGGACUGAGCCUCCCACUGGCUAAUUCUAGAGCAAUUUAGGGCUAUCAGCUUCUAGCAGGGGGCUUCCAGCACGGCCAGGACAUUCCCUUUAUAUGUAUAUGUACAUAUAUACAAAUGUAUAUAUAAUUAGACGGAGAAAAGUUGGACAUUAAAAAGCCAGUUGUAUCUGGUGCCUGUGCAUACAGCUUCAUCAGCUUCAAGGGUGAGAGUAGUUCUCUUCCCGCCCCACCCCUCAACCUCAUCCUCUUUGAACCUAACCUAACUCUUGGCCUGCCCACACAGUGAGUUUGGUGUGGAAGGAGUAAACCCAGAUGGUGCCCAGUCCAGCUAAGCUAUUGGAAAACAGAAAGGGGGUGGGACUGGGCCUUCCUUAGAGACUUGGCUGCUUAGAGGUGGCAGGGUUAGAAACUCUGGUAGCCCCUAAAACUGGGAUGGAGGCUUCUGCUUCUGUAGAAGGGCAUGGGAUUGGCUCCUGAUCCAGGAAAGAGACUGCAAACUCCCAAAGUUUGGGAUAGGACACGUCCAAGCCAUCAAGUCAGCACAGGAUCAGGACAUUUGUGAUCAUUUUAUUCAGGACUAAAACCAGCUCUCCCGGGCACCUCCUGUAUGUAUUAACAGAGAAAACCUGCUUUCCAGUAGACACUUCCAAACCUGGCCUACAUACAGCUCACUGGCUCGGCACUAAGGACCAAGCUGCCCACCCUUGGACCUGUGGGGGAUUAGGUCCCUGCUUCCUGCAGUGACCAGGGACAGGCUGGGGCAGGGAGGGCAAAGAGAAUCACCCAAGGUGCCUAGUCCUGAGGCUAUCCCUAAUCCGGAAGAUAAUAAAAGCAGACAGACACACAAAUGUUGCUUGGGAAACAGAUGUCAAUGCAGAGAUAAAUUAAUCUCUGUUUC